AUGAAACGCACGCGAUACCUCCUCCGCGCCGCCGUGCAAGGCAGCGGAACGCGUCUCAAAAGCACACUCGUUGGUGGAAAGUUAUUAUCCGGCUCGAAAUUCCUCGCCGAGUGCGAACCGUACAAAAGAAUCGUCGCGGUUGCCAUUCCGUCCGAUUUUCGUUCGCGUGACGUUGACGACGCGAAGAAGACGAACGAGAACGAGAACGAUAAACCGUGCGCGAAUUGCAUCGGCAUAUCCCAAACGAACUUUUACCACUCCUUGGCGGAACCGAAAUCAGUCGCCAUGGUGCGUUCAAAGACCGGGGUCCCACCGUACGCGACGAUCGCGAGGCAACUCCUUCGCAUCGCCAAAGAGGAGACACGUCUCGCUGGAGUCCUUUUUAUAACCACGGAAAGAGGCGCGGUCGACGAAUCGGACGCAACGAGAUUUAAAGACGGUAUAGUCAAAGAGGCGAAAGAGUUACAACGACAACACCAAGGAGAGAAAGGAGGGACGUGUUUAUUAGAGAACGUCCCGAUGGGAUUUAGCGACGUCGACGACGAGCGAGAAGGGAGUUGGAGAGAACUCGGGAACGCGAGGGAGGAAGAGGAAGGGGAGAGUUGGGCGCCGGCGGCGGCGAGGGCGAGCGCGAGAAGGUUAAGGACGUUUUUAGAGAAGGAGCAAGGCGCGUUGAACACGUUCGGGUGA